AGGUCACAAUGCUUCCCAGUUGGCUAACGGAGGACUAUGUCCAGAAGGCCUUAGGGAACUUCUAUAAGGAUAAUCAGUUGCGAGUCCAGAAGGUCUGGGCCAAGCCAGCCACGGAGAAAGGCGAGAACUUUGUGGGGGUUAUGACCCGGAUUUAUGUGGACUUUGUGCAGGGAGAUGGAACCGAGCAGAAGAAGUCCUACAUCCUCAAGCAGGCCGUUCCCGCUAAUGCUCCCCAGGCGAAGCUCUUCGGGGAAUACGACGUUUACAACCGGGAACUGGAAAUGUACGACGUCGUCCUGCCAAAAAUGGCCAAUAUCCUCCGAGAGGCUGGCAUCAAUGACAAGCUGAUGGCGGAGGCUGUGAUCGUUGACCGGGAGCGCACCAUCAUGAUCCUCGAGGAUCUGGCUCCCCUGCGCUACACGAAUGCGGACCGAGUGAAGCAACUGGACAUGGUCCACACCAAGAUGGUGCUUGACAUGCUGGCCAAGUUCCAUGCCGCCGGAAUGGUCUUGAACCAACGAGAGCCGGAACUCCUGAGCCGGAACUACGACGCGCACUUCUUUUCGAGGAGUAAAAAGGGGUACGGAGAGGUUUUCACUGGAUUGUUCAGGGCAUUCAUCAGGUAUGUGAAGAGCAAACCCAACCUGAAGAAUCGCUAUGCGGACAAGCUGGAGAAUAUUAUUACCAACCUGAUGGACUAUGCCGGCCGGUCGGUCGACGUGGGGGAGAAGGACCUCAAGACGUUGAUCCACGGCGAUUGCUGGACCACCAAUGUGAUGUACUUGUACGACGACGAGGGAAACCCCACCACCGUCCUGCCCAUCGACUUUCAGUUCAGCACUCUGACUUCUCCAGCGGUCGAUCUGCACUACUUCUUCAGCACUUCGCUGCAGUCUGAUGUGAAACAGCAGGAAACGGAGCUUGUCCAGUACCAUUAUUACGCCCUGAAAAGAACAUUGGAAGCACUUUCCUACAAGGGAUACUUCCCCAGCCUUUUCGAGUAUCAGCUUCAGUUUGAAAAACGACGAUUCUUGAGUGUAAUUAUUGCAAACGUUUUCCAACCGAUUAUGGUUUACCAGGGCAGCGAGGACUGCGAAUUCGUUAAUCUCUACCAGGAUACACCAGAGGGCAUCAAGUUCCAGGACUCGAUGUACGAAGACAUGGAGAUUCAGAGAAGAGUGGACACCUUACUGCCAGUUCUGGAUGCCAAGGGCUUGUUGGAUGCUCACUGAAAUAAGACUGUUAAAAUUGUUUAUUGUUGAUUAAUAAAAUCAAUAUAUUCUGAGUGCAUAAACCA